CUGGGUUUUGCAGGGACCUCUGCUUGCUUUGGCUGUUCUAGAUUUCGCCUGCAGAUUAGAGACAAUGUGUGAUGGACACAGGAAGAGAUGACACAUCGUUGACUUCCUGUAACUGGAGCCACCAGCUGAGUUCCUCAUUUGGGGCUUGGUUGAGUUGAGCUUCGGGGUGUUGGUGGCAGCGCUGAGGGGCCCCUGGCUGCCCCCAUCAUGGCAUCUGCUCUCACCGUCCUCCUCCUCGGCUGCUGGCUGGCCGGGCACAGCGGGGUGUGGGGACAGCCCAGCUACCCCAAACCCACCAUCUCUGGGAUCCCCAGUGACGGGGUUUCCUUGGGGGGAUCCGUGAGCAUCUGGUGUAAGAGGCAGCACCAGGAUGUGCAGUUCAUGCUGUAUAAAGAUGGACGCCACAUCCAAAGUGUGGAUACGAACUCACAGGCUCUGUUUCUCAUCAACAACGUGCGCCGGGAGGACGGCGGGAACUACAGCUGCUCCUAUCGCAGCAAAUCGGAGCCGUUCAAGAUGUCAGAGCCCAGCGACCCCGUGGAGCUGGUAGUGAGAGAUCCCAGCUUACCCAGACCCUCCAUCUCUCUGAGCCCCACUGGGGUCACCGCCCCAGGGGCAGAUGUCACCAUCCGGUGUGAGGGGCAGCGCCGGGACGUGAGGUUCUUCCUGCACAAGGCUGGAGACCUGAACCCACAGCAACAGAUGGACCCUGCUGGAAACGUGUCCGAGUUCCGCAUCCCCAGCGUGGGCCGGCAGCACGGAGGGAGCUACAGCUGCAGCUACCGGCCCUCCUCAGAGCCCUUCGCCUCCUCGCUGCCCAGCGACCCCGUGGAGCUGGUGGUGAGAGAUCCCAGCUUACCCAGACCCUCCAUCUCUCUGAGCCCCACUGGGGUCACCGCCCCAGGGGCAGAUGUCACCAUCCGGUGUGAGGGGCAGCGCCGGGACGUGAGGUUCUUCCUGCACAAGGCUGGAGACCUGAACCCACAGCAACAGAUGGACACUGCUGGAAACGUGUCCGAGUUCCUCAUCCCCAGUGUGCGCCGGCAGCACGGAGGGAGCUACAGCUGCAGCUACCGGCCCCGGUCAGAGCCCUUCGUCUCCUCGCAGCCCAGUGACUCCGUGGAGCUGGUGGUGAGAGAUCCCAGUUUACCCAGACCCUCCAUCUCCCUGAGCCCCACUGGGGUCCCCCCCACAGAGGCAGACGUCACCAUCCGGUGUCAGGGGCAGCGCCGGGACGUGAGGUUCUUCCUGCACAAGGCUGGAGACCUGAACGCGCAGCGACACAUGGACACUGCUGGGAACGUGUCCGAGUUCCGCAUCCCCAGCGUGGGCCGGCAGGAUGGAGGGAGCUACAACUGCAGCUACCGGCCACGGUCAGAGCCCUUCAUCUCCUCGCUCCCCAGUGACCCCGUGGAGCUGGUGGUAGCAGAGCCCACUCUGCCCAAGCCCUCCAUCAGCCCCAGCGGGAACGUCUCCCUGGGGGGAUCUGUGUCCGUCCGGUGUCAGGGGCUGCGCCCGGGUGUGAGGUUCGAGCUGAAUAAAGGGAGACGCCAUGUUGCACACGUGGAUACGGAGAGGUUGGCGUUUGUGUUUCCCAUCAACAACGUGCAGCGGGAGCAGGGCGGGAACUACAGCUGCUCCCAUCACCACGGAUCGGAGCCAUUCACCGAGUGGAGCGACUCCGUGGAGCUGGUGGUUGCAGGAUAAGGACCAGCCCUGAGACAGAGCAGAUGAGACCCCAGCUCUGCUCCCCACCCUGAUCUACCUGCCCUGGAAUUCAGGACUCCUGGUUUCCCUUCCUGGUUCAGGGAGGGGAGUGGGAUCUAAUGGGUAGAUAAGGGGGGCUGGGAGUCAGGGCUCCUGGUUUCUCUCCCCGGCUCGGGAUGGGAAGUGGUGUCUAGUGGUUACAACAGGGGGGUGAGGAGGUUUUAAUGUUGUACUUUUUAGUUAUUUUCCUAAUGAUUGGUUGAUUCUCAUUAGUUGAUAAUCAUGAAAACGGUAAAUUUGCAACUCAGUAGAGUCUUUACGCUAAAUCUGGUGCUUUUUCUGUUGCUAACCAUGAUGGCAAACUAUAGCUGUGCACAUUGAUUUCAGUAGUUCUAUGGAGUAAUUUACAUUUCUUCUGUCUAAUUUGUACAUUUUGAUUAUGUUGGAAAAUGGCAAAUGAUUCAUUUAUUUCCUAGAUGAUGAUGAUGGUUUUUUACUUCUGAUUUGUCCAAGCUCUGUUUGGAUGGAAAUUCAAAUGCACAGAAACAGCAUUUUCAAUAUGUUUAUUAAUUAAAUAAAAUGUCAAAGUCAGA